GCUCUCCUCCUGUCCUGCAGCAUUCCAUCCCUCUGCAUAUUGUUCCCCUUUGCUGGUUCCACCACCACCGAGCCAGGCGGCCACCAAGCGCACCUCCUCUGCUCACCGCCGCUCCGCCACGCUUGGAUCCUGACGCGGGCGCUGGACGAUCCGCCGCGCCCGGAGGCUUUGACCCUGUGGUGGAGCUCCAGCGGAACAGGUGUCCCCGCCGGGAUUUUGUACAUAAACGAGACAGGAACUAGACGAGCUCCACGAUGAAUCAGCCCUCGACAAACACUCCAAUCCUCUCUGCGGGGAGCGUGCCGUCAGCCGCUGCUUCCGCCCGAGCCACCCAAGCCCAGGCGCUGAAAAACAGUGUCCAGGCUGCGUUCAAUGACCCCUCAGAUUCCUCACAAGCUAUGUUCGCGGGCUACUCCAGCAAAAAAUGCGUUAACGAACGGUAUCGAAUCAUAGGAUUCAUUAGCAGUGGCACUUAUGGCAGAGUGUACAAGGCUCAGGGCAGACAUGGCCAGAUUGGAGAGUUCGCCAUUAAAAAGUUCAAACCGGACAAGGAGGGUGAAAUUCAGUACACAGGAAUAUCCCAGUCAGCAGUCCGGGAGAUGGCACUAUGUACCGAACUCGCGCAUCCCAACGUUGUCCAUACCGUUGAAAUAAUCCUAGAAGACAAGUGCAUAUAUAUCGUAUUCGAGUAUGCAGAACACGACUUGCUUCAGAUCAUACAUCACCACAAUCAGCCCACUCGCAGAGCUAUUCCCGCACGGACCAUACGAUCGAUCUUGUAUCAGCUUGUGCAAGGCCUUCUUUACCUGCACAAGAAUUGGGUCAUGCAUCGAGAUCUCAAACCAGCAAACAUCAUGGUCACUCGUGCUGGUAAGGUCAAAAUUGGGGAUCUCGGCCUCGCAAGAUUAUUCUACAAGCCACUCCAUUCUCUCUUCACUGGCGACAAGGUCGUUGUGACUAUUUGGUACCGAGCACCUGAGCUACUCCUCGGAAGUAGGCACUAUACGCCUGCCGUUGAUCUAUGGGCAGUCGGAUGCAUCUUUGCGGAACUGCUUUCCCUGCGGCCGAUAUUCAAGGGCGAAGAAGCCAAGAUGGACAGCAAGAAAACCCCGCCUUUCCAACGAAACCAAAUGCAAAAGAUAGUCGAGAUCAUUGGUUUGCCAACGAAAGAACGUUGGCCUUUGCUGACCUCGAUGCCCGAGUACUCUCACCUUAAUGGCCUUGCCGCAGGUAAUCCCCGCGUCAGCCGUCCCGUAGGCCUGGAGAACUGGUACAAGCAAUGCCUCAAGAACAACCAAUACCCUGACGGCCAAUCACCUGAAUCUCCAGGUGCUGAUGGCUUGUCGCUACUGCAAGGCCUGCUCGAAUACGACCCCCACAAGCGGUUGACUGCUGAGGCUGCUCUCAGCCACCCCUAUUUCACCGGGCCCAUGGAAAAGCCGUCAGAGAACUGCUUUGAAGGGUCCAAGAUCGAUUAUCCGAACCGCAGAGUAAGCCAGGAAGACAACGACAUCCGGACUUCGAGCUUGCCAGGCACAAAGAGGGGUGGAUUGCCAGACGACUCGUUAAUAGGCAGGCCAGCGAAAAGAUUAAAGGAGGGCUAAGAUGCUGCUAGGUCGCAGGAAGGUUCUGAUCUAGCCCAUCUAUACUGCCCAAAUAUUGAAUAGGUUGAUGCUGAACUUGGCUUCACUUGGCUGCACAAAGGUUCGUUAAGAUAUCGUCUGACCUCGCCGUAUCACGAUCCAACAGAGGAGCAUUCAUACGACACAUAUUGCUAAGACGACCAGUAGCAAACUUCGCUGAUUGGCUAGAAAGACGUGAGCAAUCGAGAGCCCUCUCAAUGCUCGUAGUCACAGCUUGUUCGCUCCUAUAAAGACAGUAAAGUGUCGAGGCGAGUCCAUCGAGCCAAGUAUGCAAUCCCACAUCACUUUUGGUUGCUUCACACGGAAUUACUGCUAGCCCUGGGAACGGCUGAAAAAGAGGACCCGCUGUAUGAGUGAACGGGAGAUAGAGCUGAGUAGUCACCCUUGUCUAGAUUCAUAUAUCACUGUCAAAAUCUCCUUACUAUUCAUGAUUGCAUACCGUCA